GACUGAAAAAAGAUCCAGGUAUACCAAAUUUAUGGCCAUUUAAGAAUCAACUUUUGAAUGAAAUCGAUCAACAAAAACGGAAGAUUGAAGAUGAAAAACAGCGCCAAAAGAAAGCCCGAAACACUCUAUUCAAUAAGAAUCGUAAUCUCAAUUUUUCAUCGCUCGCUGAAGACGCAUCAAAGCGUGAUGUAGCUUUUGAAAGUGAUCCUAACAAUGCCAAUGAAGUUGAAGAUGAGACUUCUACAGCAAUAGACGCUGUAGCUAUUGGUCACAAAGAUAAUUCACACAAAGCAUAUUAUAAAGAAUUCCAAAAGGUCAUUGAAGCUGCUGAUGUUAUAUUGGAAAUUUUGGAUGCUCGUGAUCCAUUAGGAUACAGGACCAAGCAGAUUGAAAAGAUGAUUGAUGAUAGUGGAUCUAUGAAGAAGAUAGUUUUGGUCCUAAAUAAAAUUGAUCUUGUCCCCAGAGAAAAUAUCAUGCAAUGGCUCGAAUAUUUACGUAAAGAAUAUCCUACUGUCGCUUUCAGAUCUUCAACGCAAACACAGCGCAAUAGUCUUGGUCACGCAUCUACAUCAACAAUAUCAGACAAUAAUAUACAGCACGGUAGCGAAUGUUUAGGUGCAGACGCUUUGAUUAACCUACUUAAAAAUUACUCUCGUAGUUAUAAUAUUAAAACUUCAAUCGUUGUCGGAGUAAUUGGUUAUCCUAAUGUUGGAAAAUCAUCUGUGAUUAACUCUUUGAAACGAUCUAAGGUAUGUGGUGUUGGUGCCACACCAGGUUUAACGAAACAUGCACAAGAAAUUCAUUUAGACAAAAACAUAAAAUUAUUGGAUUCCCCGGGAAUUGUGUUCGCUCGUAAUCAAGGGGAUGAUAAAUAUUCCGAAAUUUUAUUAAAGAAUUGCGUUAAAAUCGAACUAUCGGAUGACCCAAUUUCACCUGUUGAGUUGAUCGUCUCUCGGUGCUCACCACAACAACUCAUGAACAAAUAUAAUGUUCCUAUGUUCAAAGACGCUAAUGAUUUCCUUAUACAUGUUGCUCGUCAAAGAGGAAAAUUGAAACGUGGCGGAAUUCCCGAUGUUGAGGCAACAGCGAGGGUUGUUUUACAAGAUUGGAAUUCUGGAAAGAUAUCUUAUUACACUAUGCCACCUACUUCAACCGAAGAUCCCAUAGCAGUUGAUAGUAAAAUUGUACAGUGGUCAGAAGUAGAUCAACCGGAAUUUAAUAUAUAA